CUGUGUCUUUCGAAGCAGAAGUGAGAGAUUUUGACGACGACAGUGGGAAGAACAAUGAGUUCUUGUGUUGUGACGACAAGCUGUUUCUAUACUAUUUCAGAUUCUAGUAUACGUUUGAAAUCCUCCAAGCUCGUCAAUCAGAGUAAUCAGCAGAGAAGACACUCUCUUAGGUCUCGAGGUGGUUUAAAGGUUGAAGCUUACUACGGUCUAAAGACACCUCCUUAUCCACUUGAUGCUUUGGAACCGUAUAUGAGUCGAAGAACACUAGAAGUGCAUUGGGGUAAACACCAUCGAGGUUAUGUAGACAAUCUAAAUAAACAGUUAGGGAAAGAUGAUAGACUCUAUGGAUACACCAUGGAAGAGCUUAUCAAGGCGACAUACAACAAUGGUAAUCCUUUGCCAGAGUUCAACAACGCUUCGCAGGUCUAUAACCAUGAUUUCUUCUGGGAGUCGAUGCAACCUGGUGGUGGAGACAUGCCUCAAAAGGGUGUUCUUGAGCAGAUUGACAAGGAUUUCGGUUCUUUCACAAAUUUCAGAGAAAAGUUCACUAAUGCUGCUCUUACUCAGUUUGGUUCUGGCUGGGUGUGGCUCGUCUUAAAGAGGGAAGAGAGAAGACUUGAGGUGGUCAAAACCUCAAACGCCAUUAACCCACUCGUGUGGGACGACAUUCCAAUCAUCAGCUUGGAUGUGUGGGAGCACUCCUAUUAUCUGGACUACAAGAACGACAGGGCUAGGUAUAUAAACACAUUUCUAAACCACUUGGUGUCGUGGAACGCUGCCAUGAGUCGGAUGGCCCGUGCAGAAGCGUUUGUGAAUCUUGGUGAACCCAACAUCCCAAUCGCUUAAGCUAAAGCCUCUUUUUGAGAGUCCACUAUGUGAAAGCAAAAACAAGUCCUUCAAAACUUGGGUCUUGAGCAGUCUCAUUUUUGCAAAGAGAGGUCCCAAGUCCCAACCAACAAAACAAGAGCUGCUUUCUCAGUGAGACCCAUCUUUUUGUUCUCUGUGAUUUAGCGAUAGUUUUCUCUUCUUUUGCCUUUCAUAGACUCUCUAGCUUAAGAUCAAUGAGACUAUAUGUUAUGUUAGUGACGCAAUUAAAUCUUAUUUAUAUUU